UCGCAUCGCUAACCCCGCUCAUCCAGACCCCCUCAUCCACCCUAACCGGCCGAGGCAAAGCCAAGCGCUCUAAAAUCCCGCAAUCCCGCGACGACCAGCGCGGCCUACCGCAAGGCCGCGCAGAAGUGCCGCAUGAAGAAGAGGGAAGAGUACGCCGAGCUCCAGAACACUUACGAGAGACUUGCGAAGCAGCAGUGCAAUCUGGAUGCUGAAUAUCGGCAUCUGCGGAACUUCUGUCUUGGGCUAAAGUUGGAAAUCCUAAGGCAUGCAAACUGUGAGGAUCCGCGCAUUAAUAAUUAUCUCCAGCAGGCGGCUAGUUCGUUGCGGAUGGUGCCGCAGAGGAGUGGAGUGGAGAUGGGACAAGGGCUGGGACCGGUAGUGAGAGGAAGGGGGUGGAUGGGGAUGCAGAUGCCGUCGGUGCAGAUACCGCAGGCACAGCUGAAUAACCACAAGGGCGAUAUGACCACGCUGCCGAUGCAACAGACUAUGCAGGUUGGGCAGCAGAUGGGAGGACGCCGUGGAAUGGCCGACGGAGGUGGAUAAUGAGGUUGAUCAGUGGAACGGACACACCGAAGACGAGUUUAGAGAUCUUCUUCUUGGCCAGUCUAUGGCUGACUCCGUUCAUAACAGCCCGAUGACCACCGCCUCGACUAUGCUCCUUAUUAUCUGAGCUGCUUCAGCUCCCUUUCCCUUCCUUACCUUGUUCUUCUGUAAAUAGGAUAUAAUGCGUAUACGUUAGUUGCCUCUUACACCAUUCACAGUUAGAUACUUA